AUGAUUGAACGAAAAGACACGAAGUAUUUGAGAUCUGUAUUUUUUGUUAAUGAUGUGAAUAAGGAAGAUUUUGUUAUUGUCGAAUAUGAUUCUAAUUGGUGGUUAGCUCAAAUACUUGAAUUGAAUGAACUAACUCAAGAGUUACAUGUUCUAUUUCUUCAUCCUCGGGGUCCACAAUUAAAAUUUGCAUUUCCUAACAGACGCGAUGAACUGCUAAUUCCGGUGACUUCAGUUGUAGCCGCUCUACGUGAACAACCGAAGAAAACAGGAAGACGUGACCAAAAAUAUGAACUAUCUGUUCUUCAAAUGAAUGAUAUAAAUACUGUUUUCGAAUCAUUCUAA